CCUUGGCCGCGUCGGAGUUUUUAUCACAUUGCUGUAUAAUCUCCUUGGAGAGUCGCCCAUGCAGAAGAUCGCCGUAGGAAUACCGACUAUCUACGAGAACAGCCCACUUUCAACAGUCUCUACAACGAAUUUUCGCUUGAACAAAAAGACCAAAGUCGCCUUUUUUAUGCGAUCACUCCAUUCAUUGAUGUUCUUGUUGUGUAGAUACUUCUGAAAGCCUCUUCUACUUCAACUAGUACACGCAGAAAAAUAUAGGAACAAAAUGGUUGAGAUGAAGGACGAUUCCCGGGAGCCGGAGAUCAUAUCAGCUGCAAGACCAUAAUAAACCGGCCUGCUUUAUUUGCAUAAAUUCUUCGCGCAUCACGAAGAUCACCAGAAGCAUCAAAAGCAUUGCAGAGUCAGCUAUGCUGCAACAUCGUAGCAGGCAUCAUACGAAGUGGUGGCUGCAUAAACAUGACUUUUACGUCGAGCAUAGCAAACUCGUCUAUUGUCUAUUUACGUCGAGCAUAGCAAAUUCGUUGGACGAAGAUGCGUGACAAACUGCGUCAUCUCGAAGAAUCUGAUUACUCAAGCACUAAGGAACAAGGCAUCACAAAAAUUAGGUCUUUUUUUCCCACUGCAUAGACCAACAAGGAUCUCUACUCACGGCAAAUCGGAACCUUCGGAAUGGAGACGAUGGGCAGGUAAGAAGUACUAGUCUCGCUUGUUCGUUACUACAUAGCAACUGUGUAUUGCCCCCGAUUCUAUUGGUAAUACCCUGCCCAACCACGAGCAACAUCUGGAAGUUGUGCAACUACCAUGAAAAUUCAGCAGCGAUGUGGUCUUGAUGAGAAGUUUUGUAGUUCUAACUUACAGUUCCGUAGUUCAUCAGUAGAAAUGCAAAAAAUCACUUUUUUCAUACAUAUAUACAAAUUUCGACAACUGGAACUGCAGGCUCGUGAAACUCCGUGUCUGCAUCCAGGGUUUGUCCGGCGUGGGGAUUGAGGUCGCAAAGAAUCUGGUGCUCGUAUUACAAUGAAAAAUGCCCCCACGCCAGACCUUGGGCGCACUUGUAUUGCAAACGUUUCCAAAUGAAACACUCGCCCUCUCGCGGCUAUCAGCAUCACAGAUUUUCAACUGUGAACAGCAAAAAUUUGUAUUGCAAAAGACCCCAGCAAGAACAGCGCUUCUCAUGCAAGCGAUGCUAUGUACGCCUACUAGACUCUGUAUCAGAAAGAUUCACGCUCCUUUCAUGCAUGGCAAAAAGUUUUCAUUUGGAAACUUCGCAUCACAAGUUAUUCCAACUUUGGGGGCGGGGGCAUUUUUCACUGUAACAGCUCGCUGGCCCCAAAGCGGUUCUCCUCUACGACACCGAGAUUUGCCAGCUGGGCGAUUUGGGCCGCAAUUUCUACAUCACGGAGGAAGAUGUGAAGCAAAAAAAAACCCGGGCCCAGGCCUGCUGCGCCAAGCUCCAGAAGCUGAAUCCGUAUGUGACCGUGACGGUGGUUAUCAAAUGCAAAUAUGUAGUCUCGGUCAGGGAGAUUUUUGCGAGAUUUGUCAUGCUAGUCUGGCAUGGCUCUGCACUCUGUAUUGCGUGGCCACCAAGAGGUCCUCUUGCCUGUCAUGCAAAAGCGCAGCUUCUCAUGCGGAAUACGCAGCACAGAAGCACGAAAAAACUUGCCAUGCUUGGCGGCGCAUUACAGAGCACUUAUUGUUCACGGACUUGCAUCACAAGUUUCCAGACCCAGACAUUUUUGCAUUUGAUAGUGGUCGACUCGAGCGUGAAGUCCUUGGCGGAUUUGAAACCGAGUCAGGAUUUCGACGUCGUUGUGCUUUCUAUGCAAUACAAAUCUCCCGUACAUGUACAAGAUGCAUCACAAAUUUUUCCAAUUGGGACUGUAACACUUGUCAUGCUAAACUAGGAUCGGAGCUAAGUUUUGUCAUGCAGAGACCACAUUUGUACGUUUACGGGAGUAGAUUUACUGUGAAUACUUUCCGACGGAAUACCACUUGCAACGCAGCAAAUAACCGACCUGAAUGAGAAAUGCCGGGCCAGCAGCACCGGCUUUAUUUUUGUCGAGAAUGCGGGUCUGGCGGCGAAAGUUUUUGUGGACUUUGGCAACGAGUUUUUGAUCCGCGACAGCAACGGCGAGGAACCAAAAACGGCCAUCAUCGCGAACAUCUCCGAAAAGGGGGAAGUGUUGACGCACGAGAGCAAGCGGCACGGGUUCGAGGACGGCGAUUUCGUAACGUUUCGGGAGGUCGAGGGCAUGACCGGGAUUAACGACAAACAGUACGAAAUUCGAGUGACCGGGCCAUACCAAUUCGUGCUAAAGCUGCCAGAAGGAGUGAAGGUACUAGGUCAGUAGGAUUAGUAGCAAUUUUGAAGGAAGCUCCUGUUAUUGGAGACUGACAACUCUUUGUCAUAUAGAAUUUAUGAGAAUUUUUAGGCAGCAUGCUCGAUGGUUUAUUGAUGCUCAAGGACACAUUUCGAAUGCAAAGAAAUCACCAUCUACUUCCCAGGACGUCUCCGCUUUUGGUCAGUAUACGCGGGAGGGCCUUGUGACUCAAGUGAAAGUCCCGAAGCCCAUGAAAUUCCGCUCCUGGCAAGACUCUCGCUUGAACCCAGUUGCCCCUAGCGAGUACGCCCUUCCCAUGUGCGAUUUCAGCAAGAUCGGGCGUCCCGAGCAGAUGCAUCUCGCGUUUGAAGGGGUACGAAUUGCCCGAGAACAAAAAACAUCAGCAGUUGACGCCGCGAAAACCCAUUUGGAGCAAAUGAAGCAGGUGCCGGAGACCAACUUCCCAAUUAGUGAGACCGAAGUCAGUGAGGAGUUGAUUGCGAAAAUACAGAAAUACGAAAAGUGCUCUCUGCCCUGCUUCGCGGCCUUUCUCGGCGGGCUGAUCGCGCAGGAGGUCGUGAAAUUUACGGGGAAGUACACGCCGCUACACCAGUACCUCUACCUCGACAUGUUCGAGCUCAUCAUGCCGGGCAUCAACGAUAACGUAGGGGAUGUACUAACCUUGAACAUGCAGUCCAGCCGGUACGCCGACCAGAUUGCCAUCUUUGGCGAAAGUUUUCAGAAAAAGCUCCAAUCGCUCAACCUUUUCGUCGUCGGCGCGGGCGCGUUGGGGUGCGAGUUUUUGAAGGGGUUGGCGUUGAUGGGGUGUUGCGCGACAGGCUCCUCAUCUUCAUCAUCAGGGAAGCUCACUUGUACCGACAUGGACCGGAUUGAGGUGUCCAAUUUGAACCGACAGUUUCUGUUCCACCGGGAGCAUGUCGGGUCCGCCAAGUCCUCCACCGCCUGCGAAUCAGCGAAGGAGUUUAACAGCGCACUGAAUGUGAACGCGCUGAUAUCCUAAGUAAAAACGUCCCGACCCCAGAGUCAAGUUGGGAACUUAGCAACACAAAUUCAGAAGUUUUGGAAGUCGCGCAUGACUCUUGUAGCGCAGUUUAGCAAAGGCAGCCGCACGACAAAGCCAUUUUCUGAUCCUGAUUACAACAUCACAAAAUCCAAAAUAAGGUUGGAAACGCCUGCCAUGGAGCUGCGCAUCACAAAUGUUCCUGCAGUUGCAUAUCUGCAUUACAUGAGCUCUGGGGUGACUACGUUUUCACAGGGGAUAGCUGGAGGUGCGGGUGGGACCGGACACCGAGGACACCUUUAACGACGAGUUUUGGCAUAUCGCAAGAAAAAACUGUUUCACUGUGAACUUGUGAUGCAGAAAAUGGAACACAGAACUAGUUGUCUUGCUACACCUGCAAUACAUUGGAUUUUCAAGCGUGUUUUCUCUUGAAAAGCGCGCAUGACAGAUUUUCACUGUCAUGUGUAACAAACUUGUGAUGCAGAUCUUUCAAAAUCAUCACAGUGGAGCAGUUUUUUUGUGGGAUAUGGCACCGUCAGGACUGCGUCAUCAACGCUUUAGAUAACGUGCAGGCGAGAUUGUACGUAGACAGCAAGUGCGUCUGGUACGAGCGACCCCUGCUCGAAAGUGGGACCCUCGGCACGAAGGGAAACAGCCAGGUGGUGCUGCCACACUUGACGCAAAGUUACGGAGACUCGCAGGAUCCGCCAGAAGAAAGCAUACCGCUGUGCACGAUGAAGGUACUCGUACUAUGAUGAUCGUGGUAAAGAUGACAAAGUCAGAGAUGACAGCUGCAAAUCAAAUAGUUGAUGAAAUGCAUAAUCUUUUGGAUGCAAAGCGCUUUAUGUUUGUAGUGUAGUUGUAGUUCCCAUGGCAUAAGAACGACAUGAAUGAAAAAUCAAAACAGCAUUUCCCGCACCAAAUUGAGCACACCAUCGAGUGGGCCCGCGACAGCUUCCAGAAGUGCUUCGUGGAUGCGGCCCAAGAGGUCAACACUUUCCUCGAAAAUCCGGAGAAAUUUCUGCAAAAACUGAAGCAAGAAUCCGCAGCGUCCGCACAGGUGACCAAGUUGAGGGCAGUGAAGAGAAUGUUGGUUGAGAAAUCCACGAGUAGUGACCAGUUGAAGCAAACCCUGACCCAAUACGCGGUCAACCAAUUCCAGGAAGAUUUCUGCCACCAGAUUGGCCAACUGCUGCACAACUUCCCAGCAGACCACGUGACCUCCGAGGGCGCGCUGUUCUGGUCCGGGCCGAAAAGAAUGCCGCGGGUGAUCGGGUUUGACAGCUCUGAUGAAACGCAUCUGGGGUACAUUCACGGUUGCGUCAAUUUGCUGCUGAACAACCUCGGUGAGGAGGUCGUGCAAGACAAGGAGGUGAUUCGGAAACUGGCGAAAGGCUGCACGGUGGAGCCGUUUCAAGCAAAGCAGGGAGUGAAAAUCAAAGUGAAUGACAAUGACACUGUGGAAGAAGGAGCGGCAGACGAUACAAUUGCAGGUACAAGAGCUUUUGACUAAAGGUAAUUAGAGGAAUCCCUUCCGUAUCCUACUGCAUGCUGUUGCUAGAUUUGACGCUCGACGACAACGACUCUCGAGGUGGAGCAGCGGUUUUUACGCAUUUCCACGAUCCUUUUGUUCUCGUAAUCAGUACACAACUUGAAGUACUAUGAAAUCGUUCUGAGCAUCAAAAUCCAAAUCCAAACUGCUCUAUCACAGCCGACGCGCUUUCCGCCGAGCUGCUGGCAAAAGUGUCUGCAGCCAGUGAAACUACCCAGCUGCGAACCUUAUUCCCGAUUGAUUUCGAGAAGGACGACGACACAAAUUUCCACAUCGCCUUCAUCGCCGCCUGCGCCAACCUCCGCGCGCGGAAUUACAGCAUUCAGGAGGCGGAUUUUAUGAAGGUGAAAAUGAUUGCGGGCAAAAUCAUCCCGGCCAUCGCCACUACUACCGCGAUGAUCACGGGUUUGGUGCUCUGCGAGCUCUACAAGAUCGUCGCCCUGCAGCUGCAGCACCCGGAUUUGGACUCCACCAAAUUCGACGCGAAACUGCUCGAGCCCUUCAAAAAUGCGUUUGUGAACCUCGCCCUGCCGCUCUUCGUGCUCUCAGAACCUUCGGAGCCGAUCCGGGUAAAGUCCCGCGACAUGGACCCGAUCCUGGCGGGCCCGGUGCGGGCAAUUCCGGAGGGCUUUACGAGCUGGGACAAGGUGAUCGUGGACAGUGGCGACAUAUGAAUUGCAAAAGUAAAAGUACUAGUAGAAAUGCAUCACAAAUUUUCUCAGCAUUACAAAUUGAAUUUGUAAUGCUGAUUUGCCUUGAGAAAGAUAUUUGUAAUGCAUGAUUGCAAUACGAGUGCGAUACUUUUACACAGGAUACGACAUCACGCUGAAAAAACUGAUCGACACCAUUCAGGACCGGUACGGGUGCGACAUCGUGAUUCUCUCGUCCGGCAACGCGUGUUUGUACAACGCGUUUCUGCCGUCGCACAAAAAGAGAACCGCGGAAAAGGUCACGGACUUGUUUGAGACGGUGACCUAUCCUGUGCAAAAGUAUCGUACUCGUAGUGAUUGCAUUUAUGCAUUACAAAUCUCCAUGCCAAGGUAGUUCAGCAUUACAAAUUUAAUUUGUAAUGCGUGGCUAAUUUGUAAUGCAAUUGACACUAGUGCGAUGCUUUUGCAUUGCAUAUGACCAAAACAAAACUGCCGGCGUACAAGAAGUUCCUCGCGAUUGAAGUUACCAGCACAGACGCAGACGACAUUGAUGUGCAGAUUCCGAGUGUGAAACUUGUGUACAAAUGAAAUGAUAAAAUGAGCACUGGUAUUACGGUGAUUAUUGCAUGCAAGUAACCUCCCUCUAGGGCAGCAGCAUGACAAACAAAUAAUUGAAUUUUGCUUUGAAUAUUCCUUGAAUUAUGAACGUGCCAGCGACAAGUCGUCCCCUUGUUUGCAGGUGAAAUACGCUUACGAUCUCGACAUGACUUUUUCAAGUAGGACACACACAACAACCGGCCAUGCGAAUGCAACCUACAAUCCUCAUGAAGAUCAUGCGAAAAUGACUAGUACCCCCCAAACAAAUGAAUUGGAUUUCGAUUUUUUGUGUUAUCAAUUGUGACUACCCAGUCACAAAGAACUCAUCAUACAUGUUUUAUAUCCAAGAUAGGACCUCCCACCUCGAACAAGUGCUCACUUGCCAAGGGGAAAACGUCCAAAGUACAGAGUUUGAGUUAGUCGAAAUAAUUAUGUUUAGGCGAACUAAUC